AUGCAUGAAGAAGAAGUGGAAGUGAGGAUUGGUACUCAGGUCAUCCCUAAAAGAGAUAGUUUUAAGUAUCUUGGGUCUAUUAUUCAAGGCAACAAGGAGAUUGACGAGGAUGUUACUCAUCGUAUUGGAGCGGGGUGGAUGAGAUGGAGGCUCGCCUCGGGGGUUUUGUGUGAUAGGAAUAUGCCACCUGCACUUAAGGGCAAGUUCUAUAGAGAGUUGAUUAGACCGACUAUGUUGAAAGACAGGAUUAGGAAUAAGGUUAUUAGGGACAAGGUAGGAGUGACAUCUGUGGGGGACAAGUUGCGGGAAUCGAGGCUGAGAUGGUUCGGGCAUGUGAAGAGAAGAGACAUAGAUGCUCCGGUGAGGAGGUAUGAGAGGUUGUCUAUGGCGGGUCUGAGGAAGGGAAGGGAUAGGCCUAAGAAGUAUUGGGGAGAGUCCUACGAUUGGCAAAGGCGAAGCAAGGAUUUCAACUAUACGGAUUCAGAUGAUAUCAAAGUGAUGGCUUUGAAUGUUAAUAACUGA